CACCGGUGACGUGGUUUGGUUACAACAAACGAAUCGCAUCCCAGAAACCCCCAAAUCCGCCCGUUGCAACUUGCUUUUCACCGCAAGCGAUGCCCCAUUGAACCAAUUUGAGGCACAGACCCAUUGACCACUUGGAAGUCCGGGGAUUUCUGGAUCGAAAUAGAAAUCGGAAUCGGAGGAGCACUGCAGGCAGGAUCAGCUGAGUUGUGAAAACGAAAGUUGAAAGUAGAGCCACAUCAGAAAUAAGUAGCCAACGGGGAGAUAAGUGGCUAGGCAAAGUGCAGCCGUGGCCAAAGUGACAGCGAACCACCAAUCCCACAGAGAAUCAUAACCAGGAUCCAAGCAUGGCACUGCUGACCAUGAUAGCCAGGGUCAUCGAUGGCCUCCCUCUGGUGGGCACCAUGCAGGAUGACGAGCAGAGCGGACGCAGCAUACUGGACUACCAAAACCAGGCCAAGAUGCUCUUCCGCAAGCUGGGCACCCACUCGCCAGCCAGGAGCAGCAUCGAGACAGGACCCUACCUAUUCCACUACCUAAUCGAGAACGACGUGUGCUACCUGGUGAUGGUGGACAAGAUGUACUCGAAGCGACUGGCCUUCAAUUAUCUGGAGGACCUGGCCCAGGAGUUCCAUGCCAACUACGGCCGGCGGGUCAACUCGGUGACGCGGCCAUACGCAUUCAUCGAGUUCGACGUGUACAUACAGAAGGCGAAAAAGCAGUUGACCGACCGCAGGCGCAACAUCAGCAGCAUCAACACACAGCUGCAGGAUGUGCAGCGGAUCAUGGUCCAGAACAUUGAUGAUGUGCUCCAACGUGGCACAGUACUGGCAGAACUCGACACCAAGACCCAGAACCUGUCGAUGAUGUCGCAAAAGUACAAGAAAGACGCCAAACUUCUGAACCGCAAGUCCAUGUACGUGAAGGCGGCGGCCGUGGGCAUCAUAUUCCUAGUGUUCAUCCUGUACUUUUGGGUUCUGUAAUAUUCGUGAUGAGCAGCUCCAGAUCAGAUCCGAUUAGACCAGCCCAGCCCAGCCGUGUGUCUUGGCCCUUUGGCCACUUGGAGCGGUGCGUUCUCUGCUGUCGUGUUCGAGCGUCAAAGACGCAAGGUCAAAAAAAGACACUUAGAUUACGCCAAGUACACCUGUACACCUGUUCCCAAGAAUACACACACACACACACACUAUACCCACUCCAAACUGAAAAAAAAACGAACCGCUUCCGAGGCUUUUGUUUAACUUAUUAUUUGAACUUACCUUCUUUUUGCUUUCUUUACGGUCUUAUAUUCCAUUAACUUAUAACUUUACGCUCCCUUUGUUAUUUGAUUGUCAUUCAACGCUGACCUUUGACCUUUGUAAAUUAAAAAAGCUGAUAUGAUCCGCGCGCGUGUGUGUGUGUAUAAAUGUCUAGUUUGUAGAUGGAAUCGCAUACUGAUUGCAGAGCGAAUCCGGCCGGGGUAAUUGAUAUAAACUGAAAAAAGAAAAAAAAAAAGCAGAGCAAGGAAAACGAAAAGAAAUGAAACGAUAACAGUUUUAGGCAAUUUAUAUAUGUAUAAAAUUAAGGAAAAUAAAUCAAUUUACAUUGUUUAAUAAAAA